AUAAAACCCAACCCUUGUUCCCAAACUUACGCGCGUUCUCUAGCCGGGGGCUAGAAAACAGCCUAGAGAGAGAGAAGAAAGGUGGAAAAGUAACUUUUCAAUUCCCUCCCUCAACGCAUAACUCAAGGGUUUGGAGAAUUGCUCCAGCCUGUAAGGAGACGUGACAGGGCGUAACAUACCGCACAAUUGGUCAGCCUGUGUGGAUUACCUGCUGGUGGGAGUGCCGUGGGAAAGGCAUUUUCCCUGAGGACUUUCGGGAGGGUCUGGUAAGGAAUACAGUGGGGAGUUUUAAGUGUCCCGGACACAAGAUAUGGAGCCUAUUGCGUCCUGGAGUCACGACAGAGUUAAGGACUGGCUAAAAGGUUUGGAGCCCAGCCUGCAGCAGUACCCCUUUGAAGAGUGGCACCUGACAGGGCAGGACUUACUGCAGCUGUCCUACAAGGAUCUGGAAGGGCUGGGGGUGAAAAAGAUUGGCCACCAGGAGCUCCUUCUGGAGGCCGUGGAAAAGCUCUGCUCACUGAAUUACGGUAUGUCUGGGGAGAGCAUGCGCUCGGUGACGGAGAAGCUGCGCGGGAUGGCCCACUCCCUCCAGAUGGGCAUUCAGAGCCGCUGGCGAGUCAACACCUACAACGGCCAAUCGGUGUGCAAGCUGCCCUCUGAGACUCUCGUCUGUGUCAUCGAGCUCAUCGUGGCCGUCAGGGGUUGCUUCUCCUGGCUCAACAGGUACCUGUGUUCUCAGCCGAGUGACUACAUUCCCAUUAAAGACAUUAUCAGUCACUGCACGGAGCUGAGCUGUAUUGUCCACAAGGACAUUAAUGCCUAUGAAAAAGAGAAAGACAUCAUAUCGAUUUGCCGAAAGCUGGUGGCCAUCUGUGACGACGUCCUCAGCAGCUGCCCAGAGAACCUCCUCAACCACACUACCAGCCUGGAGAGCGUUGACCUGGUGCCUGCUUCUCCAGGAGACAAUCUGGGCAUCGAGAUUACAUCCACAGGUUCCAGCCUGCACUACGUCACGGGCACCGCCGCAGAGUCACCCGCAGAAGUCUGCGAGAAGAUUCUGGCGGGAGAUGAAGUGAUUCAAGUCAACAACCAGGUAGUGGUGGGCUGGACACGAAGAAACCUAGUGAAGAAACUCCAGGAAAAUCCACACGGAGUGACUCUGGUUCUCAAGAAGGUUCCUGUGUCAGUAGCACACCAAGAGAGAGCAGCCAAGCCUCCACCUUCUCCGAAAGAUCCAGAAGUCCGUGACCCAUCCUCAGUACUCCAGAGAGUGGCUGCCUCAGUACGGACUCUCUCUUUUAAAGCAGCAGUUCAGGAAGAGGAAGUAAAAGAGCAGAAGGCUCUGGAAUCAGAACUAGGGGACAGAAACAGUUCCCCCGAGUGCGUGUUCUACAGUUCACACCCCAGCCAGGGGGGGGAGCCCUGGAGCAAUGAGGGAGUUGCACCGCUAAACCAAACGGAGCGAGCUGAUUGGGAUACCCCCAAGUCUGCCUCCGGACCCGGUGACUCCCCGGUGUUACCCGACAGCCCCCAGCUGAUGCCCAAGGAAGCCAGCCGCGCCAGCGUCACGUCUCGCAGUUCCUGCCCCGAGAUGGCGGGUCAGUCGCAACAGGAUGAGAAAAGGCCAAAAACGAAAGGCACGCUCACCGCCAUGAGCCGCCGGCGGGUCUCGUGCCGGGAGCUGGGGCGGGCGGACUGCGACGGCUGGCUGUGGAAGAAGAAGAAGGACAGCGGCGUCUUCGUGGCGCAGAAGUGGCAGCGCUUCUGGUUCGUGCUGAAGGGGGCCUCCUUGUACUGGUACGCCAGCCAGCAGGAAGAGAAAGCUGAGGGCCUGAUUCAUAUAUCAGCUUACAGCAUUGAGAGUGCUGGGGAACACAAGAGGAAAUACGUGUUCAAAGUGUGCCAUGAGCGCUUCCAGACUUUUUUCUUCGCCGCGGACAAUGUUUCAGACAUGAGCAAGUGGAUCAACUAUUUAAUUACUGCGAUACAAAAACACAAAAAAGACCACAACAACCCUCCAAACAGCGAAGAAGACUGUUACAGUGAGACGGAGCCUGAAGACGAAGGACCAAGGUCCCCAGGAGCCUCCAGGCGGAAAGCAGGGACAAAAAAGCCCUCUGACCGAGCUGUGAACACUUUACCAAGGAUGAAAGUCAAAGACAAACAGCCCAAAAAACCAAUCCUGACCCAAGGAGUGAUGACUACUGCCUCAGACAAAAGCCAGACAGCACCUGCCCCUGAAGAUGAGAUGGGCAUUCUUUUUCAUCGUCUCAAGGAAGGGGGCGUGUCUCUGAUCGGCAAUGAGCAGCUGCUGACCAGAGACCACUUCCGGAAGUCCUUUAUCAAGAGGUGCAAGAAUCCAGUCAUCAAUGAGAAAAUACACACCCUGCGAAUGCUGCAGAGUACCCUUAAAGCGAAGGAAUCAGAGCUGGUGAUCAUCAACAAGAUCCUGGAUGACCCCCGGCUGACAUCGGAGAAAUUCCGGGAGUGGAAGCAGAGGAACGGGGAGCUGUGCCAGGAGAUCGCCAAGCUGGCCAAGGCCAAGCGGGCUGUGAAAGGAGCCACGCCGGGCGAGGUCAAGGGCGCGGGCGAGGACGAGAGCGGCCAGGAGUCGGGCCUGGACAGACACUGCCCCAGCAGCAACCAGAGGGACGCCUUGCUGGACGCGAGUUUCAGAGUGAGGCUGACCCAGGGGGAGCAGCUGGUGGACUCGGAGCCCGCGGGCCUGGACGUCGAGUCCUGCCCGAUGGAGACGGACCCUGCAGACACAUUGCCCAGCGGGACAGCAAACGUGUCCUCAGACAAUUACUUCUUCAUCUGAGGACUCCUCCUUCUUCGUGAAAGUCCUUCACAAAGCCAGAAGCCCGGGCUAGCUGACUGGUCUGGAUACAUACAGUAACUUGCUGAACGCCCAUCAUGCCCUGGCCAUUUUGCCCGGCAGUAUUUUCUUAGCCAGUGUUUUUAAUUUGAUGAUAGAAGAAACCAAUAAGAGGAGGUUUUUGGUUAUCCUCACAAAGCCUUAGCAUUUUUUUUUCAUUCUUUCAUCUCUAGUUUUUAGCAGGAAAAAAGACAAAUGUUUUUUUUUUUAAUGGAGGACAAUCCUAUUUUUUUAAAUGUGUUGAUAUUAGGGAAUUAUUAUUGGUUAAGGUUCUUUCAGCUUUUACGUGUGUAUAAUGUGUAUAAUUUUGCCUUCAGUUUUGUGCUAAAAAAUCUUUUAAGAAUACCUGUAUGUAUAUAUUGGUUUUAUAUACAAAUUAUUGAAGCAAAUGUGUCUAAAAGUAUUACCUCUAAUAUUUCAUGCCACACUAAUGGAUAAAAUCUUGAGAAAAGGGACAUGUGUUCACACAUUUAACCUCACCGCCUGAGGAAAGCAACGGGGAAUAUUGCAGAGGCAACAAUGGGGAACGUGAUCAUAAAUCAUUUACCUCCACGCUACAUUAGCAACUUUUUAUUUCAAAUUGAAAGUUAAACAUAAUACAGUUGUUAAAUCUAAUGAUGUAAAAACCUUGAGGCUCUUUUUCAAUUUCAAAGCGCAAUAAAAACAAAUAUCAUAUUCACGUUCCAGGAUAGUUCAUCCAUUUUUAAUGGGAAACGUUAGGAGUUGAUUUUUAUUUUUCUGUGCUAAUGUUAGCGUGGUGGAAAAUGGUUUGUGAGCACGUUUACUGUUGGAUCCUGUGGGUACAGGUAGAUUAGAGAUUAGAGACUGUUUAGCAAAUACAGCUGGGUGAAUUGGCCUUCUGUAUUGUGGCUUCAUCAGCUGGUUACCACAAACCCUGGAAUACCUCAAUUUAAGUGAGGCAAGAAUUUCAUGGACUUUUUAAUCAGGGUCUCUGAAAGUACAUCAACAUCUUGUAAUCGUACAUGUGCUACAACCCUGAAUGGCUCAACCAGUAAAAGCACCUGCUCAGAAUUUACACUGUGGCCUGAGGUCUGGAUGUUUUUUUUGGCCAGGCAACAGUGACUCCUUGGGACCUGCGAGGGAUGUGAGUGCAUGCAAUGCUGCAAAUUCUGCAUGUGAGCAUGUAACAGCUUGACCCUUAGCAUUGUAUGUCUGCACAGCCCUUGGUUCACCAGUAAGCACCAUGUUGGAGAUUUGUGUGCACAACCUUGGUUCACCAGUGCUGGUGCAGUACUGGGACAGUAGGCUCCAGUACUGUUACUGCUCAUCAUAACAGGGAAUUGAGCUCUUGAACAAUAGGUGAUCUAGAGAUUGGAACAGUGAAAUCUAGAUGGACAAUUGAAACCCCAAAAACAUUUUAGAACAUCUGUCUUUCACAAAUCAAUGGGUUCACUGACAAAAUACACUUAAUAAAGCCGUUGUUUUAGUUACAGAGUGCCAGUUCUUACUGUAUGUCUGCAAUAACAUUCCAUUAAAUGAUCCAUUGAUAUG